AUGGCUCGAGCGGCUGUCAUUCCGAAGUCGUCGCCCCCUAAACGGACCACGCGCACCACAGCGAAGCGAACGACCACAGCGUCAACGACGACGACAACGACCAGCAAGACCACGAAACCAGCACCCACCAAGUCAGCAACGCGAACGACGACAAAAGGCAAAGCUCCCACAUCAGCUACCGAAGCUAGGAAACGGGGCGUGCGAACCGCAGCGGCGUCGAGUAGCCCGGUCGACGAUAGCUCGGAUGAUGGAACCGAUGAUGAACUUGGAGAUCUAGAUACCAAGCCGAAGAGCUCUACGACGAGGACUAAGGCGAAAUCGUCUGCUCCUACAACUACUGCGGCUGGUCGCGGUAGACGGGCGGCUUCGACUGCCACGCCGGAGAUGGAGAGUGACGAGGAUGAGGAUGAACUUGCUCAGACCGAGGUCCCCAAGAGGCGUGCCGGACGCCCCAAGGCUAGGUCAGCCGAGCCUGCUGAGAAGCCUGCACCUGCGCCGAAGACGAGGGGCAGACCUAAGGGCAGCGGAAAGGCAAACGCGACUGCUGGGAAAAAAAGCACACAGAGGAAGACGCGAACGCGAACACAAACGAGUGUCGAGCCCGAGCCUGAGCCCGAAGUCGAGCAGGCCCCGAAAGAGAUCUUCAUUACGACGAAUUCUUCCAGCAUGCGAUCGAAUAUACUGCGUGGUCCGGCCAAGAAGAAGAAGAAGGUCACUUUCCGUGACCCGGACUCAGAAGAGGACAUGAGUGAGCCCAUCCCUCCCACUGCCGGGCGGAGAAGGGCUGCUACACCGAAGAAGGGUGGGUUUGCAGCCAAGCCUGUUCGUAGCUCUCCUGCGGCUACCGGUCGCGGCCGUAAACCGGCAGCCGCGAAGAAAGGCACCUCGAAGCCUCUCUCGCCCAAGAAAGCAACCCAAGUUGCGAAGUCUAUCUCGUCAUAUGCCAGCUCCGACGGCGAAGAGGACGAAUUGAGCGCCGCCAAAAGCCCCGUCAGGAUUACUGUCGACUCUCCCACCAAACACGGAUCAACAAAUACUGGACUCAGCUCCCCGGUAAAACGAAUCAAUUUUGCUCCCGCCUCGCCUCAGAAGAAAGUCGACGAAAAUGGAAAGCCCACUGCUCACUUGCCUAUGCCGAUGGAUUUUAGCGAGUCCUUGUUCAUGUCUAGCCCCGCUCAUCGCCCUACGCCAUCACCUUUCAAUUUCACGAUGAAGGAGACUCCCAGACGUGGUGGUUUUACUGUGCGGGAAGAUAUGAAGCCUUCGAAUCAGCAGGAUUCCACACCGACCAAGAGCUCGCCACUUAAAGCAUCGCCUAGGAAAGCCAAACUGGAGACACCGAGACGUGGUAAUCUGAACUUCCUCGACGAGAGCAGGCCGCUAGGUCAGCCAAACUUCACCCCCGGCCACGCCUCUCCCCUGAAAUCUUCGCCUAAAAAGGGUCUCUUCAGUAUCUCGCUUCCCUCGAAAUCUGCACCGCCUGUAUCAUCAACUCCUCUGAAAUCUAUGAGUCUACUACAGAGUCCUGCAAAGAGGAUUGCAUCUCCGUUCAAGAGUUCUUUGAUGAAAAAGUCGCCUUUAGCUGAAGAGGAUGAAUUGGAUGAUGAGGACCCCGAAGAUAGCUAUUCGCCAACUCAGAGUCCUCCAAAGCCCGUGAAUUUCGAUGACAUGGAUGAUGACAUGGAAACGGAGGAUGAUGAGCAUGUGAAUGCUGCUGCAUUUGAGGAUCCGGAAGAAAGCUUCCCCGCUGAGAAUCAAAUGCAGAGUCAACCAGAGACAGAAAAUUACGCCGAAGCUGAAGCUUCUGAAGCCUCUGACAAUGAGCCUGAAGAGCAAUCUCAGGAGUACACCUUCGACCACAUCGAUGAUCAAUACUCAGCAAUCCCUGAUGUUCAGGAGGACCCAAUGGACCCCACAGAGCUCCAGGCUCAAGAGACUGCUAGCGAACAUGAUUUUGAAGAAGACAACGUGGACUUGGAAGCCGUGGAUGAUAAUGCCGAAGACGAUCUUGAAGACGUUGAAUCGCAUAGCAACAGCCACCCUGGAGAUAUCCGGGCAGACUUCAAAUACCAUGAGGAGAAGCGGGAGAGCCUCGCAAACGGCACCAUUGAAGAUGUUGACGAUGAGGCCGACCUUGUGGAAGAGAAGGUGCAUGACACCGAGGAGGAUAAGGAUGAUGUCUCUGAACUAGACCACGGUGAAACCGAACGUCUUGCGGAGCCAGAGCAAACUCAAGAGGACCCGGUCGAAAACACGCCAGAACAUUCAAUCACCAGAGAGGAGUCUACUUCCACAGGUCGAUGCAGCCUGAUCGAAGGGCUUGAAGAUGUCUUUGUCGACGCGCCGCUUCCUAUUGGUCAGAUGAAUGAAGAACCUGAUUCCCUGAGCGGUGAUGACAUGUUAGAAGCCGGUGGAGAGGAGGCCGAUAUGGCGGAACCCAACGAUGAAUACGACGAAGAACUUUACGACGUUGGCGAUGAAUAUGCCUUCGACGAUGACGAGGAGACCAUUGUGGCAUUUGAAAUGACUGGACAGCAACAAAUGUUCUAUGCGCCUGAUAUUGCCCACGAACAACCGCAAGAUACUGCUCCUCGUCAAGUUCAAGAUCAGCCUCCACGAAGUCCCGUGGAAUCGAUGGAGCAACAGAUAACCCAAGCGCCUGUUGAUGAAAACGAAAAUGAUCUACAGGAAAGCGCCCCUCGUGAAAUCGAAAACCGCCCUUCACCUCCAUCCCUACGCAAUGUGGAGGGCUACCGCGAGGAGUCAAAGGAUGAAACGGAUUCGAACGCAGACGAUUUGUCUGAUUCCGAGCCCGGUGCUGAAGGAAGCAUGCAUGCCUCCAAGAAUGCUAGCCCCCAAGUACCACCUCAGCCGGAGCACCAAUCUCCUGCUCCGGCUACCGAAGCACCGCGUAGUAACCGCCCACGCUUCACGCUAUUGGCCGAUCAACUCAGCGGAUGGAGGGCCAGCAGCCCCCAGAAGCCUGAGCCCAAACGCUCAAAACGGAGAGGUGUUUUCUCUCUUGGUGGAGGCCUCAGAAGGUCCAGCGGUGUUCCGCGUGCCUCCCGUCUCUCUGGGCAUGUGUCCUAUCCGGAAAUCACUGCCCGCGAAGACAAUAUAACCCCCGAAUCUUCUCAUCAGGAGAACAACGUCGAGGACCGGGACAUUGCCUCCCAGACUGAUAUGAUGAUGCACGAGUCGGAUGCAAUCCAAGCAAAUGGCCAGGAGGUCCAGCGAUCUAUCGAACAACCCAAAUUUGAGAUUUUCAGUGAUCCGGAGCCCGAAGCUGUUCAUACUGAGGCAGCUAACGAAACGAGCUCCUCCGAACCGUUGUUAGCCUCUUCAAAUGAGGAGUUCUCAACGAAGCCUGGAUCUCCCGCCCAAGAGGCUUCAUUCGAGUACGAUGACGACAAAGAAAACGAUGAUGUCCCUCUUGCUGGGCCGGUGACUCCGAUAAAAAACAGGAACAACCAGUUGCAGACCGUGCAUACGGUGUCAAAGGUGCCUCUGAAGGGAGAAGGCCAGAUUUCUCCCUUGAAAGCAUCCCGCAAAAGAGGCCUUUCGAUGGGCACCUCGCCUACUCGGUCCUCUACUAGGAUCCGCAAGUCUCUGGGUCCUCUCGAACCGGCAUUGCUGCGCCCAUCCCCCAAGCUGCCCCGUCUUCAGCAAGACACAAUCCCCAAGCUGCAACCGAACAUGUCCCGACGGAGGAGCUCCAUGGCCCAACAGCCCAGAAGUGCCGCUAAACCUUCGCGGACCUCUAGCCCGGCGAAGAGUCCUCGGAAGAGCAUCAGCGCAGCCAACCUGGCCCUGCAAGGAGCUGUCGUUUUUGUUGAUGUCCAUACUACGGAGGGAGAGGAUGCUAGCGGUAUCUUCAUUGAGCUCCUGCAGCAAAUGGGGGCUCGAUGCGUCAAAACCUGGUCGUGGAACCCUCGCGCCAGUGUUUCGCCGGACGAGGAUGCUCAAACCAAAGAAAUCCGAGUGGGUAUAACCCACGUCGUCUACAAAGAUGGAGGAGUGCGAACUCUGGAGAAGGUCAGGCAUGCCCGAGGCCUGGUGAAGUGCGUUGGAGUUGGUUGGGUUCUUGACUGUGAACGAGAAGGCAAAUGGCUCGAUGAAGCCCACUACGCAGUCGACAGCUCCAUCAUCCCCCGUGGCGGCGCCAAACGGAGAAAGAGCAUGGAGCCUCGGGCCCUCAGCAACGUCAACGGUACCCUCGUCACGAGCGCCGCCACUGCCAACAGCAGAAAAUCCGGCGCCGACUGGAACACCGUGGAAGAGUUCAAGCGUCAUACCCCUACUCCCCCGCCCGAGGAGCCUUCCACGCCCACCAACAACCGCCAGAACGACGCCGAUAUCAACGAGCGCUAUUUCCAAACCCCGAAGACGCCCGGCUACGGCUUCAACAUCGACAAUAUCGGAAUGUCCCCUGCUACUCCCUACUACCUUUCUCAGCGGAACAAGCUCGUGCAGCAGACCUGUCCUCCGAAACAGCUUCAGCAGGGCCUUUUCGAGAGAGCUGGCCCCGCCGAACAGCCUUCUCAGAAAUUGCGCACGAAGCUGGAAGCCGCGAGAAGGAAGAGUUUGGCGUAUAAGCCUCGAGUUGGGAGUCCGUUGAUUGAGUAA